AUGGCAGCCGCCUACAACCACGAGGUCGACGACAUUCGUGCAAGGGAGUAUCCCAUGCUCAAAGACUCUGUCUACCUUGACCAUGCCGGCACCACGCUUUAUCCGAAAUCCCUGAUCGACCGCUUCUCCGCCGACAUGGUCGGCAACCUGUACGGAAAUCCGCACUCGGCCUCCAGCGCGUCGCAGCUGUCGGCGCGGCGCAUCGAGGACGCCCGUCUGCGCCUCCUGCGCAUGUUCCACGCCGAUCCGGAAGACUUCGACGUCGUGUUCGUGGCGAACGCGACGGCAGGCGUCAAGCUGGUGCUGGAGGCGUUUCGCGAUCAGCCCGGGGGGUUCGCGUACGCCUACCACCGGGAAUGCCAUACGAGUCUGGUGGGAGUGCGGGAGCUGGCCAGACAACACCGGUGCUUCUCCUCUGAUGCCGAGGUGGAUCAAUGGCUGGAACACAAAGAUUGGCCGCCCAACCACUCGCCCGACACGCCGGUGGAACUCUUCGCCUAUCCCGCGCAGUCGAACAUGAACGGACGCCGCCUGCCCUUGGAUUGGUGCGGCAAGGCGCGCCUUUCUCGAACGGGCUCGGAGCAGACCACGUUCAGCCUGCUGGAUGCGGCGGCGUUUGUCUCGACCUCGCCGCUGGACUUUCGCGAGUCUGAGAUGGCUCCGGACUUCACCGUUCUCAGCCUGUACAAGAUUUUUGGCUUCCCGGACCUUGGCGCGAUGAUUGUCCGCAAGACGACCGCCGGCAUCUUUGAAAAGCGGCGGUAUUUCGGUGGUGGGACGGUGGACAUGGUCGUCUGCUUGAGAGAACAGUGGCACGCGAAGAAAGAAGAGUCCCUGCAUGACCACCUCGAAGACGGAACGCUGCCCAUCCACAGCAUCAUGGCGCUUCAUUCUGCCAUGGACGUGCACCAGAAGCUGUUUGGGAGCCUGGAGCGCGUCUCGCGCCAUGCCAUGUUCCUUGCAAAGCGGCUCUUCGACGGGCUGUCCUCGCUUCGUCACGGGAACGGGUUGUCGGUGUGUCACAUAUACGCUGACGCGUCGACUACAUACGACGACUGCGAAAGGCAGGGUCCAAUCGUCGCGUUUAACAUUCGCAACAGCCAGGGCGCAUGGGCCAGCAACUUCGAAGUCGAGCGGCUAGCAUCCAUCAAGAACAUCCAAUUGAGGACGGGAAGCCUCUGUAACCCAGGUGGCAUGGCCGCAGCGUUGGAGCUGUCGCCGUGGGAGAUGAAGGAGAACUUCUCGGCUGGGCAGCGCUGCGGCAGCGAAAACGACGUUAUGGGCGGCAAGCCGACAGGCAUGAUACGCGUGAGCAUGGGAGCAUCAAGCACCGCGACGGACGUCGACCGCUUUCUGGAGUUUGUGCGGGAGUUCUUUGUGGAAACUUCGAGCGCAGGGCUGCCAUUGGCUCUGUCCGAUGCAGGGGUGGGGGUGCAGGACAGCCGAUUCUACGUCGAGAGCCUGACCAUCUACCCAAUCAAGAGCUGUGCCGGGUGGAAGAUACCGGCAGGCAAGGCCUGGGAGGUGCGCAAGGAAGGGCUCGCGUGGGAUCGUGAGUGGUGCCUGGUCCACCGAGGCAGCGGAGCGGCGUUGAGCCAGAAGAGAUACCCGCGGAUGGCAUUGAUUCGACCGAGUAUCGAUCUGGAGCAGGGAUGCCUCCGUGUGCGACUGAGCGGCAGUGCGUCAUCGGACACGGCUUCAGAGAUCUGCGUCCCUCUCUCCGCAGAUCCUUCGUAUUUUGCCGGGCCCAACGGACACAAGUCGGCGAUCUCAACACGUGUGUGCGGAGACAUGGUGGCCGCGCAGCGAUACUCGUCGGACAGGGUUUCUGGCUUCUUCAGCCAGGCGUUGGGGGUCGACUGCACGCUGGCGCGGUUCCCAGCCGCCGGUGGCACAGGCGCUUCGGCGAGGCACGCGAAGGCGCACCUCCAGCAGCCUCGCGGGCCGGCACAAGCGCAGAUGCCGGGCGCGUUUCCAGACACGCACGGCCAUGUGCCGCGCCCAAUCCUGCUGUCGAACGAGAGCCCGAUCCUGGUCAUCUCGCGCUCCAGCGUCAACCGGCUCAACGAGCAGAUCAAGGCCGGCGGCGGCAAGGCGGCCGAGGCCGAGGUGUUCCGGGCCAACGUGGUGGUGGCAGAGAGGCUCUACAGCCGGCCGGGCAGCGAGCAGCCCUACGCCGAGGACUCGUGGCGGGCGAUGGCGGUGGGGCAGCAGCGGUUCCAGCUGCUGGGAGCCUGCCGGCGGUGCCAGAUGGUGUGCAUCGACCAGCAGUCGGGGACCAAGAACGAGGAGCCGUUCGUGACGCUGGCAAAGACGCGGCGCAGGGAGGGCAAGGUGUACUUUGGCCAGCACGCGUGCCAUGUGCCGUGGGAGACGGCGUGGGCGCAGCAGCCCACCAUCUCCGUCGGCGACGCGGUGGUGCCGGAGUGA